AGCACUGCUGCCAACCUUUGCGUAUUAAAGUAAAGUGAGGUUGUGGUGACAAAGAGGACAUGUCCCAGGCUUUCCGGAAAGCAUUCCCUCUGAUCCGCCGGGAGACACUGCAAUGGUUUCCUGGACACAUGGGCAAGGGUCUCCGUCAGAUGCAGCAGAAGCUGAAGUCAGUGGACUGUGUCAUUGAGAUUCACGACGCCAGGAUUCCAUUCUCUGGCCGCAAUGAAGACUUCCGGCACACAAUCCGCGGCAUAAAACCCCACAUCCUGGUGAUGAACAAGAAGGACCUCAUCCCGCCGGGAAGUGGUGCAAAGAUAGUGGAGAGAGUGCAGAGUUCCGGCGAGUGCGAGCAUGUUUUAUUUACCAAUUGCAAGGAUCAAAAGUGUGAAGGCAUCAGAAGACUCCUGCCGCUGGCCAAGAAGCUCAUCGUCAACUCCAACCGAUACAACCGAUCGGAACUGAGCGAGUACUGCAUCAUGAUCAUUGGGGUGCCGAAUGUGGGUAAAUCCUCACUCGUGAACAUCCUGAGAAAUAAGCAUCUGCACAAGAGAUCCUCAUCGCCAGUGGGAGCCGUUCCGGGUAUCACACGAUCCGUGAUGAAUCGCAUCAGAAUAUCAGCGAAUCCGCCCAUCUUCGUUCUGGACACACCAGGAAUCCUCACGCCAAAAGUCUCAGACAAUGAAACGGGUCUGAAAUUGGCGUUAUGCGCCUGUCUUCAGGAUCAUCUCGUGGGUCCUCUAGUUGUUGCUGAUUAUCUGCUCUUCCGGCUGAACAUGGAAGAGAAUUACCGGUACGUGGAGUUUAUGGGAUUAGAGAAGCCAAAUGAUAACAUCAUCGAGGUUCUCGCUGCCGGAGCCAAAGUGAUCGACAAGUACCAGGUAGUGCGCACUGUGAUGGCAGAGCGCGUGACCAGGCCAGACUUUGAAUCAUCCGCUGCUCACUUCCUGAAGGCCUUUAGGAAGGGCGAAUUUGGAUAUGUAAUGCUGGACAAGCUAUGAAAAAUUGUAGAAUAAAUAUAAUUUUGUAGUU